CUCAGUGCUAUUUAAACUGCUGGAAAGGGAAACCGAGCAAGAUAACCCGGAAGAGAAUGUCUGUGGUGUCCACAUGUAUCACCACUGUAAACAUUUGUAAUGUUAGUUAAGUGAUAUAAAUGAGUUUAAACUGCCAUAUCAACAGUCGAUAAGUACUAUAGCUGGUUAAAGAAACCGUUUGAAGAUGCUGAGUGAUUUUGAGGCUGCAGAGCUGCUCUCCUUCCUCACCCCUGAAGCACGUCCCGAUGUCAAAGGUCACACCACCAGCUACAUCCUGGGACUCUCUGGAAACCGGGAUGGCUGCCGCUUCCUCCGCACCAAACCGGACAUCAUUACUGCCCUGUUUGCUCUGACCUCUGACCCCUCUAUUGCUAUUGCGAAAGACUGUUACUUCACCCUCAUCAACCUGUCUGCUGACGAGACUCUGCACCAGGUUUUGUUGACAGAUAUCAAAGUUCUUCAGGUGAUGUUGAAGAAGGUUCUGGAUCCUGAGUUUGUGUUUUCAGAUCAGAUCUGCAGCAUCCUGUCCAACCUGACCCGCCAUCUCAAGACCUGCAAGAUCAUGUUCAAGGUCCUGCAGGAGGAUGUGGGUGUAGCGAAGCUGGUGGAGAUCUUCUGCGCUGAAAGUUUCAACAAGAAGGCGAAGUUCCACCACCUGGGUCCUCUGCUGUCCAACCUGACGCAGCUGCCCGAGGCCCGGAGCUUCAUGAUGGACAAGGACCGGUGUGUGAUCCAGAGGUUGUUUUCCUACACUCAGUACCAGGCAUCAGUGGUGAGGAGGGGGGGGGUCGUUGGGACCCUGCGCAACUGCUGCUUUGACCACGCCCAUCAUGAGUGGUUGCUAAGCGACGAUGUGGACAUCCUGCCCUUCCUGAUGCUGCCGCUGGCCGGACCAGAGGAGCUGACGGAGAAAGAAAACGACGGUCUGCCUGUGGACCUGCAGUACCUCCCCGAGGACAAGAAGAGAGAAGAAGACCCUGACAUCAGGAAGAUGCUGCUGGAGACUCUUCUACUGCUGACAGCGACCAAAGCGGGUCGGGACAUAUUUGAGAAGAAGAGCGUUUAUCCUAUCAUGAGGGAGUUCCACAAAUGGGAGACGGAUGUCCACGUUACAGCGGCCUGUGAGAAACUUGUGGAGGUGCUGAUAGGAGACGAGCCGGAGCCGGGGAUGGAGAACCUGUUGGAGGUGGACAUUCCUGAAGAGGUGGAGGAGAAACUGACGAAGGCAGACGCCAGAGAACAGGAGGAGCUGGAGAAGGAGCAGGAGAGGAUGAAACAGGAGGAGGAAGAGGAGAAGAAAAAGAGGAGUGACACAGAGGGGGCGGAAAAAGAACAGGAGGCUGGACUGAUACGAUGAAGCUUUCAGACGUGGUUUCAUCCACUGCAUCUAUUUAAGCAACGGCUUUUUGACAUUCAGACAGUUAAAUGUUUAUUACAGCUUUAUUCAGACAUUACAGGACUCUGAGAGAGCCACUGUGGUUCAUCCUCAGCUCCACAGAGGACUUAUCACUGCUGCAGGGCUCAACUAGAGUUGAAAAUGUAAAGUAAGUACCGUAAUGAUAUAAAAAAGAAGAGUGUUGGAUUUUAACAUUUAUUUUUCUCUUGAAAGCCUUUAAAUAAUAUUGUGAGCAUGAGCGGUUAGAGCUGCAACUUACCCGACUUAUCUAUUAGACGUUUAACAAAAAAAACGUAAUCAUGGUUUUUCAAUCAUUUUUCAAGCAAAAAUUGCCAUCUCAAAUGUGGAGAUUUCCUGUGUUUCUGUUGUGUUGUAGACUGACAACAGCUUGGGCUUUUAGAACCUAGGAUGGAUGUUUUCCAUGCUUUCUGACAUUUAUAGUAAAAAACUUCAUGUAGUAAAUACUGGUCAGAAUAAAUACUAAUAAAAGGUGUUUUUAGUUGUAGCUCCACGAGGGACACGCGCUCUGCUUCUCACAGUGAAUCGGUUUCAUCAUAUAUUAGUGAUUUUAAUCACUAUUACAAUUAUUUUAAAGUUUUUUCUUCACUGUCCCACAUAACAAGGGCGGAAACAUUUUCUACAGUUGGAUGUGACAUUAGGAAAGUCUUUAAACAUAAAAAUCACUAAUCUUC